UUCUUUGUCAAAUUCUAUUCUUAUAAAUGGUUCAAGGUCAGCCGCCGUAAAGCUUACUCUUGUCCAAUUGUAUCAGUUGUUUUCUCCACUCCGUAACACACGCGGCAGCGAAUAAAAGCGUGUCGCCGCGAUGGUAAUCGCCCUCGUGUUCUCGAUCAAAUUAACCAACGAAUAACUCGGUUCGCCGGUGAUUCGUUAGCCGAAUUCUCGGAACUCCGGUUGCUCCGAAACAUGGAAAUCCCCCAGGAUCGAACGCGUGGAACGUUUCGAUCAACAAACGAUCGGUGCCCGGGACAGUUUAUCGGAAUUGCUUAACGUUUAAUCGUCGUUCGCCGUCGGCGUAGGUUAAUAGGACUGUUCUUAUGUAAUUAACGCGAACGAUUGACGUCACUGGCUCUUCUAUUUAUGUUACCUCUCUUCGAGAACCGACGAAUCACGGCGUAAGCAUUUCAGUUUUUCCAUCCUGUCGAUCGAUUCGUAGUAUCCCAGUUGUUUCCACGAAAACGAAUGACGCCAGAAACGUACCCUCUUUUUGCUACGGCGUGCUCGGCCGACGAUGACUUUCAUCCGAACACGGCUGCAGGUUGCCGGUACCUCGCGAUCGAACCGUCCAGAACAGUCAUCGUUAAUCCUCGGAGGAAGUUAGUUUAGGAGCUACCGUAUAGAACGCAACAUUUUUGACUAUGCAUCGACAACAGAGGCUUCGAUCGCCAUCGUCGUCUCCUUCGUCGUUAUCGUUGCCAUUCUCAGCGUCUCGGUCUUCCAUCUCGACCGUGUCGCUGUCGUCGGCGUCGACGUCCACGACCACGCCAAUCCCGACGCUGACGACGAAGGCGACGUCACCGUCGUCGUCCAACGGCCUGUCGUCGUCGGCGACGUGGUCGACGUCGAACCUAUCGCCGUACACCUGGAGCGUGCAGCAGACCUCAUGCUCGAGGCUAUCGUCGUUGUCGGGCGAAUCAUCCAUCGCAUCAUCCGUGUCGAUACCCUGCCCGAGACUCGUCUCCGUGUUGGCUUGGUCGGUGACGCUGUUACUCGUGUCUUCGUGUAUCGGUCUAACGGACGCUGGAAUCCUGAACGGGCAUCCUUUGGGUAAAAGGUCCUUCAUCGAUAUCCAAUGUAAGGGUAUAUACGACAAGAGCAUCUUCGCCCGGCUGGAUCGUAUCUGCGAGGAUUGUUACAACCUGUUCCGAGAACCUCAGCUGCAUCAACUGUGCAGGAAAAACUGCUUCACGUCAGACUACUUCAAAGGAUGCUUAGACGUGCUACUGCUGCAGGACGAAGUAGAGAAGAUCCAAACAUGGAUCAAGCAACUUCACGGAGCGGAUCCUGGGGUUUAGGCAAAACUGCUUUGGUACGCAAUACUUCACAAGCUGUAUUCAAGCGUUGCUGCUCGAGGACGAGAAGGAAAAGUUCCAGGAGAUGGUCGAGUACCUAGGCCGCAAGAAAUAAGAGGAAAAGAGUACAGACGCGCUUUCAUCGCGAAGGGUCCGUUUACGACAUCCAGCGAUGAACGAUUUUAACGAGGUCGACGAAGAACAGUGGGAAACGAGAAGCCAGCGACUUCCAGAUCACAAUCGCGACGAUUGUACGCAGAAUAUCGCAGAUCCCCGACAUUCGUUCACGAUACAUCCUUCGCGACGUCCGUAACACCGAGAACACUCCUGAACUGGGGAUUCGGAGCACGCUGCAACACAAUCAUACCUCCUCUUUUCUUUUUCGAUACGACUGAACGCAACGACGAAGACUAUGUCGGCGAUCAACUAAAUCAACGACUCGAAUAUCCUUUUCCUGGUCCAAGUUCACGUAGUAGAUAAACAAGUUGGAUAGGAAAAAAUUCGUAAAAUUGAAAUUAAACUUGUUCGUUUGCUCCUGAGUCUGUUCUUACUUGAAAAAGAAACAGCUAAACCGGUAUUUAUCUAAACAACAAUUUUACACAUCUCACGAUCAAUCAUGUCGUCGAUCAUCGUCUUCGUCGUUUUCGUUCCCGCAAAAAGGUUGUACAACAAAAUAAUGAAAACGGAGCGGUAUGUGCGAAUCGUACGUGCGAUGAACCCAUACGAAUCUAGUCGACAGAAUAUUUGCGCUCGCGUAUUGCGCCAUGUUUUUAUCCAAGUAAUUAUUAAUUAAUUAUUUAUGUUGAGCAUCGUCGUUCGUUAUUGCGACGAUUAUUAUUUUUUAUUUUCUUUUAUAUCGGUAUACUUCCUUAGCAAAAAUCAACGAUCGUACACGUUACUUAUGCAGGAUAUGUUUUUUCGAUAAGUAAAGUACAUAGCUUAGAGAGAGAGAGAGAGAGAGAGAGAGAGA